GCUUUUCAGACCCUUUUUUGCUCUUUUCCCAUCUUCAAAAUGUUGCCUUCACAUUUUUCUUUUAUAGAAGCACCUGCUGUCAGCAAAAGAUGUUGGAGUAGCUGGUGUCUAUCCAUAGGCAGCACUAAGCACCACUGGAGCCUGAUAUAACUGGAUUUAUUUUGGGUGCCCCAAAAGCUAUUCCUAGUGCCUAAUUCUGUACAGAAUGCUUUUCAUCAGUGGAAAAAUAUGGUUGAGGGAAAACUGGGUUCCCUGAUAUAGGGGGGGGAGAGUUUUUCCUUGGAAACUGAGGAGUGUGGAGAGUAAGGGCUGAGACCCACAUGAUACUGAAGUUUGCAGAAAGGUUUUCCUUUACUGUCACAUGGCUCAAACCAAACACUUGCAUUUCACAGUGUACUUACCUGUUCUUUAUAGAGCCUGGUUAAUAAGCCUUGCUCACAUGUGGUGUGCAGCAGCUGCUACAUUAAACUUGUAUAUUGCUGGUAUGUUGGAGUUUUCCAUCUAUGCUUGCUCCUUAAAAUGCCUCUUACUGGGGGAGCUGCUUUGCCUAAUAAAAAACCCCAACCUGAAGUGCUGUGGCUGUUAGGGGCUUUUCUAGAGGAAAAGAACAUAUAUGCACUCUGAUUAGGGGUUAAAUGCAAAUUCUCCUGGGUGAAUUAAGGUCUGAUUUCAAAUGAAACCUAAAAAAUAAAGCUUGCAACAUGUAGUUUAAUAAUUUAUGGAGUUACUCUUGACUUUUGGUCAAAUGUCUUUGUUACUUAAACAGCUUUGCUGCCAACUAAAUUUAUCAGUGCUGCAGAGAGGACCUAGAUGAGUUUUGUUUUCUUUUUGAUGUGGUUUUGAUGCUAAAAUGCCAAACCUUGAUGACAUUUUAGAACAUGUUGGAGAAUUUGACAAGUUCCAGAAGCAAACCUUCUUUGUCCUGUGUUUGCUUUCCGCUGCCUUCACCCCGGUCUAUGUGGGUGUUGUCUUCUUCGGGUUCAUCCCUGAGCACCGCUGCUUCAGCCCCGGUGUCGCAGAGCUGAGCCAGCGCUGUGGCUGGAGCCUGGAGGAGCAGCUCAAUCACACAGUGCCUGAGUGGGGUGGCCAUGGAGCCAGUUUCAGCAGCCGCUGCAGGAGGUAUGAGGUGGACUGGAACUCAACAGGUGUCAGCUGCACCGACCCCCUCGGCAGCCUUGGGGGCAACCGGAGCACCGUCCCUCUCGGGCCCUGCCGCCAUGGCUGGGUCUACGACUCCCCAGGGACCUCUCUUGUGACGGAGUUUAACCUGGUGUGUGAGGACUCCUGGAAGCUGGACCUCUUUCAGUCUGCUGUGAAUGCUGGGUUUUUUAUUGGCUCCAUGAACGUUGGCUACAUAGCAGACAGGUUUGGCCGUAAAUUUUGCCUCAUAACUACAAUUCUUGCAAAUGCUGUCUUUGGAAUCCUUCUGGUCUUUGUGCCUACCUACCUGUGGAUAGUCAUCAUUCGUUUUUUCCAAGGGCUGGUCAGUAAGGGCUGCUGGAUCACCGGCUACAUCCUGGCAACAGAAGUCGUUGGUCCGAAGUACCGGAGGACGGUGGGCAUCCUCUACCAGAUGGCCUUCUCCAUUGGGCUCCUGGUCUUUGAUGCCAUUGCUUAUGCCAUCUCUCACUGGCGGUGGCUGCAGUUCACUGUCACCCUGCCAAGUUCCUUCUUCCUGCUCUACUACUGGUGCCUCCCAGAGUCUCCCAGGUGGCUGAUAUCUCAAGGAAAAAAUGACAAAGCCAUGAAAAUUGUCAGUGAUAUGGCUAAAACAAAUCAGAAAAAGAUGCCUUCCCAUUUUGUGGAUAUUAAAUUUGAAGAGGAUGAUGGUGGAAAGCAGAGUCCUUCCUUCUUUGAUCUUAUCAGGACACCACAGAUGAGAAAAAACACAUUCAUUUUGAUGUACAACUGGUUCACAAGCUCCGUCCUCUACCAGGGGCUUAUCAUGCACAUGGGAGUAGCUGCUGGGAACAUGUACCUGGAUUUCCUCUAUUCUGCGCUUGUUGAGUUCCCAGCUGCCUUCAUCAUCAUCAUCACCAUUGACCGCAUUGGGCGACGUUACCCCUGGGCUGUGGCCAACAUUGUGGCUGGGGUCGCCUGCCUUGUCACAGCCCUGAUCCCAGAGGACAUACAUUGGCUAAAAGUGAUUGCUGCUUGCAUCGGGAGAAUGGGAAUCACAAUGGCUUUUGAAAUGGUUUGCUUUGUAAACACCGAACUGUAUCCAACAUACAUCAGGAACCUUGGGGUGAUGGUCUGCUCCUCCUUGUGUGAUAUUGGUGGAGUCAUCGUCCCAUUCAUUGUGUACAGACUGGUGGAAGUGUGGCACGAUCUGCCACUCAUAGUCUUUUCUGUGCUUGGUUUGAUUGCUGGUGGAUUGGUGUUGCUUCUACCUGAAACUAAAGGAAGAGUUUUGCCUGAGACCGUUGAAGAUGUUGAAAACUUUCACAGGCAAAGUGCUCCAAAGGCCAAAAAAAUCUAUCUCCAUGUCCAAACAUCAGAAGUAGCAGACGACUGAAGAAGGCUUAACUCUUCCUGGGCAGGCUGCUUUAGGGCACUAGCAUAGAAAGGCAAAUUGCAAUAUAAAUGCUCUCUAAAA